GCUUCCCAAGAACACUGGCUCCCUCAGGAUCCGGCCCGGGGACCAGGGGCACGCACGCGCACGGCGACCUUCUCCAGUAGGGUUUCUAAGGGACACGUGUGGGGCGCCCAGGGCGCAUGGAGACCACGGAGAAGCGCUACCUGUUGGAUGUCAAACCUGGAACCCGGUCAUAUUCUGGAGCUCCUUGGCAGAAUGGGGCCAACCCAAUUUCCUUGCCUGAGCCUGGUGUGGACCUUCAGGCCAUUGGACUGGACUCCCAGAGCAAUCAGCACUGCCAUGCCCAGCAAGGGCUCAGUAACCCCUAUGACGCUCAGAAGGAGAGGGCCCGGCGACAGUUGUACGUAGCAGCCACCAUCUGCCUCGUCUUCAUAAUUGGAGAGGUUGUGGGGGGUUACCUGGCCCACAGCUUGGCUGUCAUGACGGAUGCAGCUCACCUGCUUACUGACUUUGCCAGCAUGCUCAUCAGCCUCUUCUCUCUCUGGAUGUCCUCCCGGCCAGCAACCAAGACCAUGAAUUUUGGCUGGCAUCGAGCAGAGAUCUUGGGAGCUCUGCUGUCAGUGCUGUCCAUCUGGGUGGUGACUGGGGUCCUAGUAUACCUGGCUGUGCAGCGUCUGAUCUCUGGAGACUAUGAGAUUGAAGGUGGGGCUAUGCUCAUCACUUCAGGCUGUGCUGUGGCAGUGAAUAUCAUAAUGGGGUUUACUCUCCACCAGUCUGGUCAUGACCAUGGGCAUAGCCAUGGACACAAUCAUGGGACCAGUUCAAAGCAGGAGGAGCAGAACCCUAGUGUCCGAGCAGCUUUUAUCCAUGUGGUUGGGGAUCUCCUACAGAGCUUGGGGGUCCUCGUGGCUGCCUACGUCCUAUACUAUAAGCCUGAGUACAAGUAUGUGGACCCCAUCUGUACCUUCCUCUUCUCUAUCUUAGUCCUGGGCACCACUCUGACCAUCUUAAGGGAUGUGGUUCUCGUGCUGAUGGAAGCAACCCCCAAGGGGGUGGAUUUCACCGCAGUCCGAGACCUGCUCCUCUCUGUGGAAGGGGUGGCAGCCCUGCACAGCCUGCAUAUCUGGGCUCUGACGGUGGCCCAGCCGGUGCUUUCUGUCCACAUCGCCAUUGCCCAGGAGGCAGAUGCCCAGAUCGUGCUGAAGGAGGCCAGAGCCCGGCUGCAAGGGACGUUUCAUUUCCACACCACCACCAUCCAGAUAGAGGAUUAUUCAGAGGACAUGAGAGACUGUCAGGAAUGCCAAGGCCCCUCUGACUGAGCCUUCUCUCUGCCCUGAGCUGCUACCUAUUCCAGGGCCAGCUGGAAUGUCAGUGAUGAGAAGAGUAUGGGCCUGAGGGUGGAGAAGAAGAGGGCAACAUGUUUCCUGCUUCUCUCAGACCCCUAAAGCCCCCCACUAGGCCUCGGCCCAUUCCCACAUUCCAUUUUUUAUAUCAAUUCAGCCUCUCCGGGCCUUCUCCCCUUUUCCGGCCCUUAGACUCUGAUGGGUUUAUCUUCCAAGCUGAGCCAGCCCCUCACUCAGGACCCCCUCUGCCAACGAUGUCCCUGCUCGGCUCCCUCGGCCCACGGUGAGGGCUGGGUUGGGGUUCUGGAUAAUUUAUAAUAGAUGACGACCUCUUUCUUCCA